AUGCAGUCUCAACUAUCUAAUGAUGUUAGAACAAAUAAUGAGAUUGAAGACAUAAAUCUCAUUACAUUACCACCAGGUUACAGAUUCAACCCUAAUGAUAUUGAGUUGAUUGAUUAUUAUUUGAAACAAAAAUUACAAGGUGUUCACAUAGUUCCACCAAGGAUUCAUGACGUUGAUGUUUACAAAUUUUCUCCUCAAGAAUUAGAAAAUAGUUAUAAAUUCAAAGGAGAGGACACAAUGUAUUUUUUUACGCCAAGAAGUAAGAAGUAUGAAAAUGGACAACGUCCAGAUCGAGCAGUUGAAAAUCAUGGUUUUUGGAAAGCUACUGGAAAAGAAAAUUCAGUGAUGAAGAAUGAUGUUGAAAUUGGAUUCAAAAGAAGUUUAGUGUUUUACACGGGUAAACAAGGAAAGGCUAAAGAGUUAGUGAAUUUGAAGACCAAUUGGAUUAUGCAAGAGUUCAGAAUCAAAGAUUUUACAAUUUCUGGUGCAACUCUUUAUAAUAAUAAUAAGGUAUGA